UGUCAUUAUAUAAGGAACAAACAUAACAUGGUGUCAGAUUGGUAGUCGCUAUGACGAGACAGAGGAAAGAAAGGAGUAACUGCAAAUUUCCGCGACGAAAAUUGAACAUUCUACCCCACAAGUCUGGUGACGUGAGUAGUCGAAGACGCUAGCUUGCAAGAGCGAGAGCAACUAGCCGCAGCAGCGAGAGUGACAGCAGCGAGAGCGAGGCUGCAUUGGAAUGUGUUGAUGAGCAAGUUGAUGAGCAAGUUGAUGAGCAAGUUGAUGAGCAACAUACUGAAGUAAGAGAAAUUGACACUGUUCCUGUUCUCUGUCAUGGAUAGGCUUAGUCCUCCUACUCCUAUGCAGUUAACAGGAAAUUUAGCUGACAAUUGGAAACGUUUCAAGCAGAGAUUCAAUAUCUACAUAGCAGCCAGUGGUGCAGGGGGAGAUGAUGACAAAUUGAAAYCUUCCAUUUUUCUGCAUGUUAUUGGAGAGGAUGCAUUGGACAUUUACAAUAGCUUUCAGCAAGACGAGGCAAACUUGACAUUGACUGUGCUAAUGGCUAAAUURGAGGAGUACUUUGUACCAAGCCAGAACGUCACGUUUGAGAGAUACAAGUUUUUCUCUCAUGAUCAGAAACAGGGAGUCAGUUUUUACCAGUAUUUGGCUGAGCUGAACACACUGAACAAAACGUGUGAAUUUGAAAAUCUGAAAGACUCACUAGUGAAAGACAGGAUAGUCUGUGGCAUACUUGAUAAUGGACUCAAGGAGAGAUUGCUGCGUGAGKAAGAUUUAACUUUGGAUAAAGCAGUGAAUAUGUGUCGAGCAGCUGAAUCCACCAGAGCACAAGCUAAAGAGCUGUGCAGGGAUGAGACGUCAGUGMAUGCAAUAAAAAGAGAGGAGCACCACACACAACGCCUUACAAAACAAUAACAAACAAAAGAAAGAAAUCAAAACACUACAUGUGGAAAAUGUGGAUUCAUCCACAAGCCAAAAAAAUGCCCUGCAUAUGGCAAAUCAUGUAACAACUGUGGGAAAAAUAAUUUCUCAAAAUGCUGCAAAGCUGAGGCUACAAAGAAAAAGGUUCACACAGUCGAGGAGAUGGAAGAAUUCUUUGUUGAUUCUGUGGAAAUAUGCAAUGCAGUAAAUGCUGAAUGGUUUGUGCCAUUGACUGUGAAUGAAACUAUAUUACCAUUCAAGCUUGAUACUGGAGCACAGGUAAACCUGUUGUCGCUGGAUGACUACAAAACACUGAAGGUGAAGAGCAAAAUACACCCGGUGAAAAUUAAGGUUACUGGUUAUACUGGGGGAGAACGUACCAGUCAAAGGUAGCUGCAUAGUAACUUCACAGCAUAAAGGAAAACAGUUCAGAGCACAGCUGCUGAUUGUGGAAAAGAGUGUACAGCCUAUUCUAGGAAUCAUGUGCAUAGUGACAUCAGACUGAAAAUGACCAAGAAUCGCUACUGGCUGAGUAUGAGGAUGUGUUUGAGGGUAUUGGAUGUUUACCAGGAGAACACAAUAUGUACUGAUGACAAAAUUACUCCAGUUGUGCAUACAUGCAGAAAAGUUCCAUUUGCACUGAGAAAAAAGCUCAAAGAGGAACUUGGACGCAUGUAAAAGAUGGACGUCAUCACAAAAAUGGAUGAACCUACAGACUGGGUAAGCUCACUGGUUAUUGUGGUGAAAAAGAACGGUGAUCUCAGGAUAUGUCUAGACCCGAGAGAUCUCAACAAAGCAAUCAAGAGAGCGCAUUUCAAGUUGCCAACCAGAGAAGAGAUAAUGUCGCAGUUUGCUGGAGCAAAGUGGUUCAGUAAGCUUGAUGCCUCAUCAGGAUUCUGGCAAAUGAAGCUAGGUGAUGCAAUCUCAAGGCUAUGCACAUUCAACACACCUGAGGGCAGGUACAGAUUUCUUUUUCUACCAUAUGGGAUUCUCUCAGCGCCAGAGGUCUACCACAAGACAAUCCACAUGAUCUUCGAGCACAUUCCAGGAGUGGAGACUAUGAUGGAUGACAUCAUCGUCUGGGGGUCCACAAAAGAAGAACACGAUGCGAAAGUGAGACAAGUGCUGGACCUGUUAUUUUGGAGAGCACCACCCUGACAGUCACCAAUGGCAGUCGCAGUGCCCAAACUCUCCAGCGGUGCUGUUGUCAAAAUCCGCUACAACAGCAUAGAUGUGGGCACCACUCGAUGGAAAGAGGGGACUUUUGAGGUUCUUGAGAAGGAUAACAAAGUCAACCUGUGGUUGAAGUUUAGUGCCGGGGGUGGAGCCAAAAGUUUCCAGCUCAACCAUAAUGUGAAUAAUGUCGUGAUGCAGCCCAUACACACUAUGAGACGAAUUGUGGUGACUCUGAAGGAUGACAGCAUAGUCACCCUUGAGAGAGUUCCCCCGGUUGUGGCUGAGAAAAUGAAAGAAUACCUUGAAAAGCUGAAACAUGGAAAAUCAACCGUUCUAAAGACCUCCCAGGGAAGUGCCAGCUUUGGUGUGCUCGGGAAUCGAUCCGUGAAGAAUGAGACUAGUCCGCCUGGAGAACGACAGACAACACCCAGGCGACCCAUUGUGGACAACCGGGAGGAGACGACGACCCGCAAGCACCUGGGUAGCCCCAGCAGAGUAACCUCCACACCUGCCCGCAGUGGGCUGUCUGAGAACAGGAAUGAGAAGAGGAAGAGACUCCACAUCUUUGACUGUGACCUGACUGAGGACUACCCCAAGGAGAAUGACUCAUCCAGCAACAACAAGGCCACGUCGGACCCCUCCAGGAAAUUUCUGCUGAGCUGCAAAGACAAGCUGAAACAGGCGGAGGAGAACCGUAGCUCAGUUUCACUGGUCCAGUCGCCAUUUCAGCCCACGUCAUUCUACGGCAGCCGAUCGGCGACCAAAGACUACACGAGUCACUCCUUUCUAGACAGGCCAUCCACUACAUCCCAGACCCCCUCGGCUAAGAGAAGUCUCAUGUUACCCAAUCACUCAACCCCCUUAAAGAAAGUGCGCCCCACUCUGGACUACGGUGGCUGGAACAAGCCGAGACCGUCCACUCUGGCCCAGCCCCAGCCUCCACUGCAAGGAUUCUCCAACCUGGGCAACACGUGUUACAUGAACGCCAUCCUCCAGUCUCUUUUCAGCCUGCCAUCAUUCUCCAAUGAUUUGCUGAAGCAGGGAAUCCCAUGGAAGAAGAUCCCAGCCAACGCCCUGCUCAGACGCUUUGCCCACUUGCUGGCCAAGAAGGACAUCUCGUGCCCCGAGGUGAAAAAAGACCUGCUGAGGAGAGUGAAGAGUGCCAUCUCCUCCACCGCCGAGCGCUUCUCCGGAUACAUGCAGAACGAUGCCCAUGAGUUUCUGAGCCAGUGCCUGGACCAGCUGAAGGAGGACGUGGAGAAAGUGAACAAGAGCUGGAAAAGCGAGUCGCCAGCGGCCGCGUGGGAUGAGCCUCCCCAGCAGGCGGCCGCAGCCCGGCCCGGGGAGGAAGUGGACACCUCGCGCAUCUACACCUGCCCUGUGGUGGUUAACAUGGAGUUCGAGGUGCAGCACACCAUCACCUGCAAAGACUGUGGCGAGGUGGUGAACAAGCGGGAGCAGUUCAACGACCUGUCCAUUGACCUGCCUCGCAGGAAGAAGACCAUCCCUCUCCGGUCCAUCCAGGACUCUCUGGACCUCUUCUUCAGGAUCGAGGAAAUCGAGUAUUCCUGUGAGAAGUGCAGCGGGAAAGUGGCGACAGUGACUCAUAAAUUCAGCCGACUCCCCAGAGUUCUGAUUCUGCACCUGAAGCGCUACAGCUUCAACGCCCAGCUGUCACUGAACAGUAAGCUAGGCCAGCAGGUGAUGAUCCCCCGCUACCUCACGCUGCUGUCCCACUGCACGGACGCCACGCGCCCCCCCCUCAGUCUCGGCUGGAGCGCAAACGCCGCCAUGCCACGAACACUGAAGGCCUCCCAGUCGGUGAACUCCUCCUCACUACUUCGGAAAGUGUCUCUGAAGGCGGGGGGCAGCUCCAGCACUAUGCUGGUGGACUCUGACAGCGAGGAGGAGCUGAGCCGGAAGGUGGUGAGCCGUAAGCGCCGCCUCAGCGACUGUCUGCCCGAUGACAGAGCAGAUGAGGUCCAGCGAGCUGUCCACCACCCAGAUGCGUCAGACUUCAACAGCAUCAGCGAUGAGGAAAUGCUGGCGGCGGUGCUGGAGAUGAGUCGCCACGACGCUGGGUUCUCCUGCCAUGCCCCUGAGGACGAGCCAACCAGCAGCCCUGACACGGGCUUCGUCGACGCCGACGCCCAGGAGAUGAACUACCGCCCAGACCUGCUGGAGACGGACACUAAGCCGUCUGCAGACGUGCUGGACUCCCUGGACCUGACCAUGGACGAAAACAAGGAGAACCAGACCCCCGAGGGGGUGCAGGGGGAUCUGGACUGGGUGCAGCAGUAUGGCCUGGAGCAGGAGAGGGAGGAGCAGGAGCUGCAGCUAGCCCUGGCCCAGAGCCUGCAGGAGCAUGAAGCCCAAGAGAUGAGGGAGGACGACGACCUGAAGAAAGCCACAGAGCUCAGCCUGCAAGAGUUCAACAAUUUGUUGCCGGAGCUGCUGUGUUCAGACGAGGACUCUGGGAACGAGGAGGUGCUGGAUAUGGAGUACAGCGAAGCAGAGACCGAGGAUCUGAAGAGAAAUGCUGAGAGCGGAGACUUGGCCAACUCGUUUCGGCUGAUCAGUGUAGUCAGUCACAUCGGGAGCAGCUCCUCCUCUGGCCAUUACAUCAGCGACGUGUACGACAUGAAGAAGCAGUCGUGGCUGACCUACAACGACCUGGAUGUGUCGCGCACGCAWGAGGCCUCGGUGCAGAGAGACCGCGACUGCAGCGGAUACAUCUUUUUCUACAUGCACAAGGAUGUGUUUGAGGAGCUGUCUGAGUUGGAAAGGACAGGGGCCAGUGGAGGAGCCUCUGAGGCAGGGAGGACUGUCCUGCAGCCCCUCUGAGCCACCAGUCUGUCAUCACAGUCACACACCAACCAACACGCACUGAGCUCUCCCCAACAGAUGGGUCGGGGAUGAAGGAGAACCUUUCUACAGUACUACUGAUCACCGUCCACAUUUUUGUCUUGAGGCGAUUUGUCCUUUUUUAAAACAAAACAACAGGCCAUGGUAGCUUCUGUCGUGAAGGCAGCCUCAGAUGUCAGCACACACAGCCAACGUCCUUCUCUCCAGGUCUGUUCAGAAAUGAGAGACAGCGCUCUCAAAAGAAAGAAAAGAGCUGACUGUUCUUUGUUUAUUAAACCCUGAGAGAUAUUAGCCCUGAACUUUUCAGACUUCUUUAUUUAAUUUUCUAUGAUUUGUUGAAUUUGUUGUUGUAAUACAGUUUUUCUUGGCACACAUGAUAUUAACUGUCAUGCAUUUAAGAAAUUAAAUAGUAAGUGUCAGAUGCUUGAUGCUGGUGCUCCUUUGA